UUAUUGUGUGCCGAUCACUUCUCGGUAUGUAUAAUAAAUGUGUUAAUGCGUAUCGUGCUUAUGAAAUUUCACAUUUUCCCAUUUCUUUUUCCUGUUUGGUGCCGGGGACUUUUCCUCUCCGAUCAGAAAGACAAGCUUCAACCAGUGGCAUUAGCUCUACUGAAAUUGAGUGUCAAAUUGUAAGAUAGUUUCUCUUUGUAUUUUCUCGCAUUUUGUCAGGAACCAAUCAAAUGGGGCAAGAUUGUAUAUUGGGUCUCUCUGGAUUUUCUUAUGGGUUGUCCAUAGAUCUUGUUAUGAGAGCAGUUUGUGUAUAAUCUUUCAACUUUAUGGAGCUUUUGGAUUUGAAUGAUAAAUAUACCUCCCCCACUUUCUUUUUUUUUUUUUGUUUCUUUUUAAAUUUAUCAUAUUAUUUAUAAUGCGCUAGUUGUUUGCUUAUAACAAGUGAUCGAGUGUGAAGAUUUUAUGUGAAUAUGGGAUUGAAAUGGUUUUUUUAUAGAAAGAUUCAAGUUUUGCUGUUGGCCCUUGUAUCUCUGUUGGUGCAGAUGAAGCGUGUGGUUGUGAAUUGAGUGGUUGCAUUGUGCAUCAGACACUACUUAUCACUUUUUCGGAUCAUUUAUCGAAGGCCCAUGAGACCGUUUGAUUGUUUAAUUGUUAUUGUGAAGUGCAAAGAUUGUGUCAUGAGUGUUCUUUCUCGUUUCAGUGGGAAAUCGAGCAAGUUGAGGCAAUUUCAACUUUUUUUUUUUUUAGAACUAUAUUCAUAUGAAGAUAUCGGCCCACCUCCAUACUAUUAUUCUUUCAACUAUACUCUAUGUAAUUACUUCUUAUGUACAUUUUAAACUUGAAUUAUGUGGGAACUUCUCAUGAGCAGCUCCAGUAUGUUAUGGGUAUGAUUUUUGCACAACCAAAAGUGCACAACUUUUACACAACUUGAAAUUAGGGUUUCCACUGCUUCAUCGACUAGCUUCUUGUUCUUUGAUUUUCGAAGCUUAGCAAGUGAAUUAGCAUCUGAUGAGGCUUUUGCGGCUGAGCUUCUUGUUGUCUUUAACUUCUGGUCUCGCUGCGAUCGUCGUCUACAUCACUGGUUUCUCCACUCUCUACGGCAAGUAUCAGACUUCCGAUGAAGAUUUUGAAGCCUGGCAGUCUUUGCAGAGCGAUUUCCAGAAGUGUGUGAGUGCAAAUGGAUUAGGUUUACAAGCUGUGCGUGGUAAAGUUUAUUGUGAAGUCACGAUAAACUUCUCGAGCGACACUGUCCCCAAAUGGAGAGAUCCUAAAACUCGUGAACUAGAAGGGUUAUCAUUUAAUUUUAAUUUGUGUGAAGCUGUUGCUACAUGGGAACAGGUGCGGAAUAUUACCACAAUACUCACCAUGGAGUUCAUUAAUGCUUUACCAAAUGGAUGGGAGGAAUACGCAUGGCUCAGGAUCAAUAAGGGAAUACUUCUCAACCGCUGUGAGAAUAAGAUGCUAUGCAUGGAGAAACUUUCACUGGUACUCCCUGAAAUGCCUUCAUAUCUUCCACGGCAAUUUGGCAGGUGCGCUGUUAUUGGUAACUCGGGAGAUCUUCUGAAAACUAGGUUUGGGAAGGAGAUAGAUGGUUAUGAUGCUGUUAUUAGAGAAAAUGGUGCUCCAAUUCAGAACUAUUCAGACUAUGUGGGCAAGAAGAGUACAUUUCGUCUCCUCAAUAGGGGAUCUGCCAAAGCUCUUGAUAAAGUUGUGGAGUUAGAUGAAAUGAGGAAGGAGGCCUUGAUUAUUAAAACAGCAAUUCAUGACAUUAUGAACAAAAUGAUACGGGAAAUUCCAAUAAAAAAUCCUGUAUAUCUCAUGUUAGGUGCAUCCUUUGGUUCAGCAGCAAAAGGAACUGGGCUCAAGGCUCUUGAAUUUGCUCUGUCUAUUUGUGAAUCCGUAGAUAUGUAUGGUUUCACUGUGGAUCCCGGUUAUAAAGAAUGGACUAGAUAUUUCUCCGAAUCUCGACAAGGUCAUACUCCUUUGCACGGUAGAGCUUACUAUCAAAUGAUGGAGUGUUUGGGACUUAUCAAAAUCCAUUCUCCCAUGCGAGCUGAUCCAAAUCGUGUUGUAAAAUGGGUACCAAGCCGUGGCACAAUUAGAGCCGCUAGAAUCGCAUCAGAGAAAUUAUUGAAGUAA